AUGAGUUCAGAGAAUAUUCAUUUCGGUGGUCAUUGUAAUACCGUGUCUAAUAUCACAGAGCAACUUGGUGAGGUCACAGCGCAACUUGGUGAGGUCACAGCGCAACUUGGUGAGGUCACAGCGCAACUUGGUGAAGUCACAGCGCAACUUGGUGAGGUCACAGCGCAACUUGGUGAGGUCACUGAACAACUCAGUGUGGUGACUGAACAACUCAGUGUGGUGACUGAACAACUCAGUGUGGUGACUGAACAACUCAGUGUGGUGACUGAACAACUCAGUGUGGUGACUGAACAACUCAGUGUGGUGACUGAACAACUCAGAGUGGUGACUGAACAACUUGGUGUGGUCACUGAACAACUCAGUGUGGUCACUGAUGUGGUCACUGAACAACUUGGUGAGGUUACUAGGCAACUUUGUAAGGUCACUUGGCAAUUUAGUGAGGUCACUGAGCAACUUGGUGAGGUUACUAGGCAACUUUGUAAGGUCACUUGGCAAUUUAGUGUGGUCACUGAACAACUUGGUGAGGUUACUAGGCAACUUUGUGAGGUUACUGGGCAACUUGGUGAGGUUACUGGGCAACUUUGUAAGGUCACUUGGCAACUUAGUGUGGUGACUGAACAACUUGGUGAGGUUACUCGGCAACUUUGUAAGGUCACUUGGCAAUUUAGUGAGGUCACUGAGCAACUUGGUGAGGUUACUGGGCAACUUUGUAAGGUCACUGAGCAGCUUGGUGAGGUUGCUGGGCAACUUGGUGAGGUCACUGGGAAAGUUGGUGUGGUCACUGAGCAACUUGGUGAGGUCACCGGGCAGCUUGGUGAGGUCACUGGGCAACUUGGUGUAGUCACUAAGCAACUUAGUGAGGUUACUGGGCAACUUGGUGAGGUCACUGGGCAACUUGGUGAGGUCACUGGGCAACUUGGUGAGGUCACUGGACAACUUGGUGAAGUUAACAGAGCAACUUGGUGA